UAAAGCCAACAUGGCGGCCUACGUAAAUGCGAUCGAGAGAGUAAAAGAAAAAUACGGUUUAAAUGUUACCCUGAAGCCACAGCAGACUGAUAUCAUCUCGUACUUAUUAGAUGGAUGCGAUGUUUUUGGAUUGCUACCAACUGGAUUCGGAAAAUCAAUGACUUACAUCUUUGUACCAUUGAUUUUAGACGAGCUGAAAGGAGAAAGAGAUGUGUGGCAUACAUCUCUUGUCAUCUCUCCUUUGAAGGCAUUGAUGGCUGAUCAGGUUGAAUAUCUGAAGAGUCACAACAUUCCUGCUGCAUCCCUCUCCAAUGAAACAGAAAUUAAAGGUAAAACUGAAACAUAA